UGGGUUUAUAAUUUGUUGGAGCACCGGGCCGAAGUGGAACGGAUUAUUUUCGAGGAUUUGGACCCACACAAUGGCUUUCUGCUUGCUCCCGAUCUGAAGUGGGACGGAAAACAGCUGGAAAAUCUCUACGUGCAAGCAAUUGUGAGACGAAGAGGGAUCAGAUCGAUCAGGGAUUUAACAGCAAAUGACCUUCCGUUAUUGAACAACAUCCGAGAAAAAGGUUACUUAGCUAUCAGGGAGAAAUACGGGAUUGAUGAGCAUCAGAUUCGGGCUUAUUUUCAUUAUCAGCCUACGUAUUAUCAUCUCCACGUUCACUUCAUCCACGUAUCCUACGAUGCACCUGCCAGUGGUGUUGCAAAAGCUUAUCUUCUGGAAGAUGUAAUCAAUAACAUUAAACUGGUACCCGAUUAUUAUCAGCGUGCCACGCUAACAUUCAUUCUUAAACAAAAUGACCCUUUGCUGCAGCUAUUUCGUACAUCACAAAAUUGGUGA